UUAAGCACCCUCAAAUUCAUCUAAGAUUUCUUUUAUGAAAUAAAAUACAUUAUUUAAGGGGUGCCUAUAUAUGGUGGUACUGAAGAAUGCACUCCUCAAUUUUCACAAUUUCCUUUCUCAGCCAUACUUGUAGAAACAAAGGGUAAAAAAACCAAGGAACAUAGCAUUGGUGUUAAUAUCCUAAAUCUCUGGCUUCCUUUCAUACAUGGCUACAAAAGUGAAACGCAAGACUUGUGCUAUUGCUGCAGCAAUAUGGCUGGUUUUGUGUAUCCUUACCAUGAUCUGCAAUGUGAGUUUAGCAGAGAGAGUUUUGAAAGAAAAAGAAUUAGGAAAUGAUGUUAAGAAAGAGAGACAAGGAGUUCUGAAAGCCAUUAUCAACUUCUUAUGGGAGGACGGGAAGUCUUCCUAUGAGCCUGUUUGGCCGAACAUGAAAUUUGGUUGGAGAAUUAUAGUAGGAUCAAUCAUUGGAUUUUUGGGAGCUGCAUUGGGAAGCGUUGGAGGGGUUGGUGGUGGAGGAAUUUUUGUGCCUAUGCUUGCUUUGAUCAUUGGCUUUGACCCCAAGUCUUCUACGGCCAUCUCUAAGUGUAUGAUUAUGGGUGCAUCUAUAUCAACUGUAUACUACAAUCUGAGGCUUAGACACCCAACACUAGACAUGCCACUGAUAGAUUAUGACCUGGCUUUGAUUUUCCAGCCUAUGCUAAUGCUCGGAAUAAGCAUUGGUGUUAUAUGUAAUGUCAUGUUUGCUGAUUGGAUGGUGACAGUUUUGCUUAUCAUUCUAUUCAUAGCUACAUCAUCAAAAGCUACAUACAAAGGCAUAGACACAUGGAGAAAGGAAACAAUUGCAAAAAAGGAAGCAUCCAAACUAUUGGAAGCAGAACCGAAACCUGGUGAUACUUCUGCAGAUUACAAAUCACUACCAAGUGGUCCAACUGAUUCACUAUUUGAGGAGACCCCUCUACUAAAGAACGUAUAUUGGAAAGAAUUAUCACUCCUCGCGUAUGUCUGGGUGGCUUUUUUCAUUGUUCAGAUUGUUAAGGAAUACAGCAAACCCUGCUCCACCCAGUUCUGGCUUCUUAAUCUUUUGCAGGUUCCUAUUGCGAUCUCCGUUACACUCUUUGAAGCCAUAGGGUUGUACAAAGGAACUAGGACGAUUGCAUCAAAGGGAAAGGAAAUCACUAAUUGGAAGAUUCAUCAAAUUUGUCUCUACUGUUCAACUGGAAUAGUAGCUGGUAUGGUUGGUGGAUUGCUUGGUCUAGGAGGUGGUUUUAUUUUGGGGCCACUUUUUCUAGAAUUGGGAAUUCCUCCUCAGGUAGCAAGUGCUACAUCAACUUUUGCCAUGGUUUUCUCAUCCUCCAUGUCAGUGGUUCAAUACUACUUAUUGGAUCGUUUCCCAGUACCGUAUGCUUCCUACUUUGCUUUGGUUGCAACCAUAGCUGCUUUCACUGGGCAGCAUGUGGUGAGAAAGAUAAUUGUUGUCCUUGGGCGAGCAUCCAUUAUCAUCUUCAUACUAGCACUGACCAUUUUCAUCAGCGCAAUCAGUUUAGGUGGAGUGGGAAUAGAGAACAUAAUUGAGAAGAUAGAAAAUCAUGAGUACAUGGGCUUUGAAGAUCUCUGCGCCCUGUCUUAGAUGUGUCUAUCGGUAUAAGUACAUAGAAUAACGUUAUUAAAAUUGGUAAUAUGGUCACCUAUUUGUCCAUUUUAAUUCAAGUUGUAUUUUUGUCAUCUCAACAUUGAUGUUAAAAUAUUUCACUUUGGUUUCUGAAGAAUCAUGUGCCACCAAAAUGAGGUACUAGGGUAUAAAUAAUUUAAAAGCGCAUCUGACAGAUUAUGGGGCUAUGAAUGAUGAAAAUAAAUUUUUGAUAUGGCUAAUUUGAGUUUA